AUGACMUCCCGCUUCUUCAAACGCAGGAAGAUGUCCUCGUCCAGCCAGGCAGCGGACGAAGAGUCAAACACGGACGGCGCGUCGAGCGGACACCCAUCGUCCAGGAAGCGAGCCUUUUCUACAGCAUCUGGAACGGCAGGAAGCCUUCCAUCCAGAUCUUACAUGCACCAUCCAAGCCAUGCCAGUGCGGUCGAUGUCCAAUACAGCUCCUCUGGCGUCAGGCAGCAGACUGCUGAGAUCUCCUCCUCUUUCCUCAGUGACUCUGAGAUGCACGGCCAGUUUGGUCGAGAUACUAAUCAUCUCGAGGUGGCUUCGGGAUCUCAACGCAGCCACGACAUAAUCCCAGAACGUACUGAGCCAACGACGCCGGAGCCGGAAGCGUUUGCCUUUGAGCAACGUGGAUCCUCUCUGUCCGCCGUAUCUCACGCCAGUGAUGUUUUACGAGCAUACGCAGACGAUAGUUCUCCCCGGAAUUCUGGCACUGAUGCCCCCAGCCGUGGGUUUCGUGCCGCGCAAGCUGCCCUCGACGAGGAAAACAACAUGGGCGAGAGGACACCUCUACUGCCGCGGGAACGACUGCCCUCUCGUAGAAAGCAGCGUUACGAUUCCGGGCCUUCAUUCGAGGUUGAUCCACCUCGCGGCAUUUGGAACAGGCUUGGUCAUCACUAUCCUUCGAUCCGUGCAGCUAAAGGCGCCGUUCGAACACUGGUAAACCCCAAGGCGUGGGACCUCAAGCAGGUGGCUUCGACCGUGAUUGUCGCACCUGUGAAGACGCUCCCGGCCGUAUUCUUAGGUUUACUCCUUAACCUGCUGGACGCACUUUCUUACGGAAUCAUUCUAUUCCCGCUGGGAGAAGAGGUUUUCUCCGACAUGGGAGCCGAUGGUGUCUCCAUGUUCUAUGUCAGUUGCAUUGUAUCACAACUGGUGUAUUCUUCCGGCAGUAUAUUCAAAGGCGGCGUGGGGUCUGAAAUGAUCGAGGUCGUUCCAUUCUUUCACAAGAUGACCUACAUGAUCAUUGGUGUCAUGGGAACCGAGAACCCCGAUGCGCUUCGAGCGACGGUAAUAACCUCCUACGCCAUGAGCUCCAUCAUCACAGGUAUCAUCUUUUUCGGGCUUGGAGCUGCACGAUUGGGGACGCUUGUCAACUUCUUCCCCCACUCAAUCCUGGUUGGCUGCAUUGGCGGUGUGGGCAUAUUCCUACUCUUGACUGGUCUCGAGGUCUCGGUUCGCUUGGACGGCAAUCUCGAGCUCACAAAGGAAGUUCUCCUCAAGCUUGUCGCGCCCAUGAGUCUUGCUCAGUGGGUUCCUCCACUAGCAUUGGCGAUCAUACUCCUCGUGGUCAAACGCUACUACGACAGGCCUUUUUUGGUUCCGGCAUACUACAUCGGGAUCACCGCCAUCUUUUACAUCGUCACCGCUGCAGUUCCCGCCUUGAAUAUGGAAAAGCUUCGGUCGUCUGGCUGGGUGUUUGAAGCACCUUCAGCGGACAAGUCUUUCUACAACUUUUACAGCUACUACAAAUUCAGCAUCGUGGAUUGGGAGGCUGUUGCCAUGACCAUUCCAUCUCAGCUGGCCUUGACAUUCUUCGGCAUCUUGCAUGUUCCAAUCAAUAUUCCCAAUUUGGCCAUGAAGAUGCAGGAAGACAAUGUCAGCAUCAAUCGCGAACUCAUCAUGCAUGGUGUUUCGAACACGCUGUCAGGCUGUGUUGGCAGCAUUCAAAACUACCUCGUCUACGUCAACAGCGUCUUGUUCAUGGACACAGGCGGUGACAGCAGACUUGCCGGGUUCAUGCUUGCGGCAGCAACAACGGCUCUCUGGGUGGUUGGUCCUGUUGUUAUCGGGUACGUUCCAGUGAUGGUUGUCGGAACUCUCAUCUACUACCUUGGUAUCGAUCUCGCAAAGGAGGCCCUGGUGGAUACAUAUGGCAGGCUACACCGCUUGGAGUACUUCACCAUCGUGGUUAUUGCCCUCGUCAUGGGGAUUUACGACUUUGUUGUCGGCGUCGGGGUAGGCAUCGGACUCGCAUGUUUGGUGUACGUCGUCCAGACUUCUCGCAAGACUGUCAUUAGAGCACAAUUCUCUGGUGCCAUUGCCGAGUCCACCGUCAGACGACACCCCCGGCAGCGAACCUAUCUCAACCGCGUGGGUCCACAGAUUCGGGUCGUGAAGUUGGGUGGCUACCUUUUCUUCGGCAGUAUCGUCAACGUUGAGAAGACUGUGCGAGCUCUCAUCGAUGCGGAGGCUUUCGCCGCAGCGCCAAUACGCUAUCUGAUCCUCGACUUCUCGCAUGUUACAGGAAUCGACUUCUCCGCAGCUGAAGCCUUUGGAAGAAUGAACCGAGUGCUGCGAAGGAGGGAUGUAGAGAUGGUACUAGCAUCAGUCAACCUCGGCGAUGACAUUGGCAAAAGCUUGCAGAUGGACGGCUUGUUCGCUGAAAGUGAUGAGGAACCUCCGAUGCCCGCGCCAAAGGUCUAUGAGAGCUUGAAUGGCGCCUUGGAGGCUUGCGAGAAUGGUCUUCUCAUUACCUUGACAGAGAAGCAGCAGAGUCGUGCACAAGAUCAAGCAACUUCGCCAACCAUGCCAAUUCCCACCGAGCAGUCAAAGAACAUCAACAUAUCACAACUGGAUAACAUGGUCGGAUCUCCGCGUACAAACCUCCGUCACGAAGCUGCCAGCCAAACGAUUACAGAGCAAGGGCACACAGACGGAGCAAAGUGGAAGAACCUCAAACAACCACUUCCCCUAAUACUCCAGGCCUUCCAGGAUAUCACUGACAAGAACGUGGACUUCUGGUUCAAAGCAGUGCCCUUCUUCGUGAGGCGAGAGUUCAGCAAGGGACAGCUGAUCUACGCUCGCCACGACAACCCGGACGGUUUCUAUCUCCUCCAAUCUGGCAUACUCCGCGCCGAGUACGCCCUCGAGCAAGGCAACUACCAUGAAAGCAUCGUGGCUGGCACAACUUGCGGCGAGCUGCCGUUCUUCAGCGACACGGAGAGGACUUGCAGUGUUGUGGCCGAGACGGAAUGUGUCGCGUGGUUGCUCACCACUGAAAAAUGGGAGGCGCUGCAAGAGAAGGAUGUUCAGGUCGCGCAGGAGUUGUUGAAGGUUGCGAUGAAGCUGAGUGCUGAGCGUAUGAGCGCCAUCACCAGCUAUGUGCUGAUCACGGCCAGCUGA